AGAUGACAUCUCAGGUAAAUGAACUUGACACUAUUUUGGGGCGAGGGAACUGACAUUUUCAAUUUUUUGCGAACAAAUAAUUUUUUUUUCUAAAUUUCCUUUGGGAAAACCUAUAGGACAAAUAAGGUGACAAAAUGUUUAAUGAAAAAAGCGAUUCCUUUCACUCAAAAUACAAAGUAUUAGAGAAGAUCGGAGAAGGAUCCUUUUCCGAGGUGCUUAAGUGUAUGCACAAAUCCACCGGCGUGUAUUAUGCUGUAAAGAGGUUGAAAAAGUGCUACAAAUCCCAAACGGCGAUUCUAACAUGUGCAGAAGUCGUCGCAGCUCAAAAAGUUCCCUUUCAUCCCAACAUCUUAAAUAUCUUCGAGUAUCACUACGACUCAUUUUCAGGGCAUGUUUCGUUUGUCUUUGAACUUAUGGAUAUGAGUUUAUAUGACCAUCUUCGAGCUAGAAAUAAAGCGGAUAUGAAACCCAGAGGCCUCUCAGAAAAAAAAUCCAAAGAAUACUUGUAUCAACUCCUACGAGGCCUUGAACAUUUACACAGAAAUGGCCUCUUUCAUCGAGACGUAAAACCGGAAAAUAUAUUAAUGAAAUUUCCAUCAAUAGAAUCAAUGCGUUUGCAAAAAACUCAAAAGUAUGAAAUAAUAAAACUAGCAGAUCUAGGCUCCGUAAGGGGAAUUUACAGCGUUCCUCCAUAUACAGAAUACAUUUCAACCAGAUGGUACCGAUCUCCAGAAUGUUUACUUACAAAUGGAAAUUAUGGACCUAAGAUGGAUGUGUGGGCUGCCGGUUGUGUGUUUUAUGAAAUAAUGACUUUUCGAGAUCAUCAUGCGUCACCAAUUUUGGACACACGCUUAAUAAUAUUUCUUCUAAUAAUACUUCUUAGUCAGUUACCAUUAUUUCCUGGAAGCAAUGAAAUCGAUCAGUUGUAUAAAAUUCACCAUAUCCUGGGUUCACCAACAAUGCAAUUUAUAAACAAGUUGAAAUCCAGGUCAAGGAACUGUGUGAUAUUUCCCAAAAACAGGGGCACUGGCCUCGAUUCUCUAUUGCCUCAAGUGACAAGAGAAACUAGAGGUAUUUUAGAGCUUAUGAUUGAGUACGACCCGGAUAAACGAGUUAAUGUCCGGCGGCUUCUCAGAAAUCCCUAUUUCGAUGAUGUUAGGUACAAAUUUGAGCCAAUAAUGGAAGGAAACAGACACUCUCAACUUAAAAGCCAAUCUUUCCAAAAGAUACCCGAGUUCAGAAGACGUGCUAUUGGAGAUGUGACAUUGGUAAAAAAGAAACUAAAUAAACGGGAACAUAAAUCCGAAGACACUCUUAAAAGACGUAGCCUUCAAAAUUCCGCCUGUUCAGAGAGUAAAGGAAGCACGCCGUUUAUCGAAAUUCCAUAUUACACUCCAUGCAGAUCGAGUGGUUCUAAAGGGAUAUCGGGGUCAUUACCGUUGGUAGAUUAUAAAAUUUCUCGGUAUGUUGACAGUAAUCGAGAUACGUCAUCGGAGUCGGUGAAGAGCAACUUGUCAAAGAAAAGCAGUAUUAAAAAGAGUGUAGAAAUCAUACUUAAGUCCUCUAGAAACUCAGAGUCAAACAGCAAGCUUUCUAGGUCCAAAGAAAAAUACGAUGCCUCAGUAUUUUAUUCGAAAUCGCUGAUGGUGCCACGAAAUAAUAAAAGCAGCGGUCAGUCUAACUCUAAAAGAGACAGUAGCCGCAUAAAAUCUAUAAAUUCUUUAAAGAAUUCUUCGAAAUAUAGCAAACCCUCAGCAUAUUAUAGAGUAUUUUAUUUUUUAAAAAUAUCGCAUAGCGAAUUUAUUAGGAUGAAUAAGUAAAAAGCAAGUUUACGAUAAUUUUUUAUUAAAUCCUGUAUUUCAAAUCUACAUUUGGUACUAACAACCAUAAAAAUAUCGUAUAGAAUAAACAUCUUAUUUAAAUAA